CUGUUUGUCCAAUCUACCUCUGUUGCUCUCACCUUGCACUCUUUGCCGACGCGCGGAAUAACAACACUGCAAACCGCUGGUAAGCAUGAGUCCCACGACGUCGGUGCUCACUGUUCUCGGGUCCCUGAUUUCAGUCUCAGUCUCCGAUGCUUUCGUGGUGCCGAUGAUGGCGCCCCGGGGGGCCCCGUCUGCAUUCGCCGCCAAGAACAAGGUCGGCGGAACCCCCACCAUGGUGGCCACUCCCGACAGGGUCUCCACCUCCGCAUCCUCCUCGGCCUUCGAGCCCACAAAAGGGCCCAACGCGCCCCUUCGUGUCAACAACAAAGGAAAGGCUUGGGUGCCCCAGCGGGCGCGGCCCCGCCGCAACCGUAAGAGCGAGGCAGUUCGCUCGAUGGUCAGGGAGAAUGUGGUCCGGCCUGCGAACUUCAUCUACCCGCUUUUCAUCCACGAGGAGGACUUUGAGGUAGAGAUCAAGCCUAUGCCCGGGUGCCUCAGGCACAGCCUCCCCCACAUGUUGAAGGAGGUGGAAGAGGCGUGGCAGUUCGGCGUGCGCAGCUUCGUGGUGUUCCCCAAGGUACCCGACGAGCUCAAGACGAACUACGCGGACGAGUGCUACAACCCGAGCGGCAUCGUGCCUCGCGCCGUGAGCAUGAUCAAGGAGAGGUUUCCCGACAGCAUCGUGUGCACAGACGUGGCCUUGGACCCGUACAGCGACCAGGGCCACGACGGAGUGGUCCAAGACGGCAAGAUCCUCAACGACGAGACCAUCAUGCAGCUCACGAAGCAGGUGGUGUGCCAGGCCCGCGCCGGUGCUGACGUCGUGGCCCCGUCGGACAUGAUGGACGGGCGAGUCGGGGCCAUCCGCGACGCUCUCGACUCGGAGGGCUUCACCGACGUCUCAAUCUUGGCGUACACGGCCAAGUAUGCGUCGGCGUUCUACGGACCGUUCCGCGAUGCCUUGGACUCGCACCCCGGGUUCGGCGACAAGAAGACGUACCAGCAGGACCCCGCAAACGGAAGGGAAGCGCUUCUGGAGGCCGCUCUUGACGCCGCUGAGGGUGCCGACAUGCUCAUGGUGAAGCCCGGCAUGCCUUACUUGGACGUGAUCCGCCGUCUGAAGGAGAGCACGCCCCUGCCCAUCUCAGCCUAUCACGUGUCGGGGGAGUACGCCAUGAUGAAGGCGGCAGUGGAGCGGGGAUGGCUGGAUGAGAGGGCGGCGGUGCUUGAGGCCAUGACUUGCUUCAAGCGAGCCGGUGCGGACGUUAUCCUGACGUACUACGCCAAAGACGCCGCCAGGUGGCUCUGUGAAGACGGGCUUGUCUAGACAUAGGCCGGACAGCCCCCCUCACACGGUCGGCCAUGGUCUCGCGAAUCACGCAAUGAUCGGGCCGGAGAGCCGGUGCUUGAACGUGGCCACAUCCGCUUUAGUUGAUGUAAACACCGAUUGUCGGCGCUUGUUGUUAUGAUAGUUGUCGCUGUGAUGUUUCGUUGGCACAGCUAUGCACGUUUCGACGGCGUAGUGUUGCCAGCGGCGAACCACUUUUUUUUUUCUUUCGGGCCCGCGAGACCGCGGGAACACGUAGAGCUCGACCUCCCACCGUGCUUUGGGUUGGACGUGCUUGCGUGCGUGGAAUCAAUGUUCUUGUGUUUUUCCCCAGGAAGAAGGAUCGCACUUGCGCUGGGCUUGUGCAGCUCGCCAUGAGUCUGGUUGUUGUACCGUGUGGGGUGAACUGGUAUGGUUCGUGCUCAUGUUCACUGGAUAUUAUACAUCACGUACAAUAGACUGGAUAUUAUACAUCACGUACAAUAGACACUCUGCCGUCCGCGAGAAAAUAAUCCAUGUAUGUAUGCAUUGCAACAUUCGUUUUGGUGGGGCUUGUGGAACCCUGCUGUACAUCGCAUCGCAACGCUACACAUGAUGCAAUCUUUCUCCUUGCGGGACUUGGGCGGUGAGGCGCUUGGCUGAGGCUUGGAACAAUUCCAGAGGAAAGAGAAGCGAGAACGAAAGGCAGCCGGAAUUUAGCACACACAUACCUCCGGACACGCAUGACGCCGGCCGCCCCGAUGGCUCAGUUGGCAACCUCGUUGCCUUCGCGUCGCCAGAUGGCGGGUUCGAAAUCCCGUUGGAGUAGAGACAUCGCCAUGUAGAGGCGGAAAGCGUACGGCCGUGAGCAGCACAACGCGAGGGCAGAUACUACUGAACCCCCAUCGCGUCCAAAAACCAAGCACCGCAUCGGGAAAGGUGGAGCGAAAAAAAGCUCCAGGGUUCUUCCUGUGUAAACCCGGGUGGUGGGUUCAAACAUGUUCCGAAAAUUGUAGACUCGUGCUCAGAAUAUUUGGGCGUAUCAACACAGACUUGGUACUCAAGGAAGGCCCGAAGACUGAUGAAUCCAACUUCAGCUGUUGCGCGACCCCCCCCAAUUUAGUGGACAACUUUGCAUGCAGGGCAAGUCACGUGCAGCUUUAUCUGGUCAUCAUGCAUUCGAACAAGAAGAUAUUAGUAGGCGUCCAACGCACAAGCAGCGGCGGUGGUGUUCUUUGUGGCGCCGGCUUCGUGCGAACAACUGCAGCAGCUCCGCUACCAUGACUGUAAACGUAGGGUUACAUCGACCAUGACGGUGUGAACCUCAUGGGCCUCUCAACUUGGGGCACUGCAGCAGAUGCGGAGCGCUACUGCUGCGGUUAUUGAGGGGGCCUUCGGUAUGGAAAACCCUUUUCGGAAGGGG